AGCCGUUCGCACACAUGUGUUAGUCGCGUUCAGAUAGUACCCUUUCAGAGUUACGUUGGUCUUCUGACGCUCGUUUGUGGGAAAGCCUGGUGGACAGCCCUACCCAGCAGCCCAGACUAAUUUCUUGUGCUUGAUAUGCUGGGACUUGCACCGUGUGCACCAACACAAAAGCAGCUUCUGACUCCUAGGCUCUCGAACGCUCGGAAACUCUAACUGUCGGCACCCCCCAUAAUGCCGUCCUCGCUUAUGGCGGGCAGCUCUGCCUGCGCGCUUAGCAUGCAAUUGGCUCCUAAUCAGUUGCGUUUAGCACUCCACAGGCGUGGAAGGGGGCCUCAAUCGCCCCCCUGCUCUGUUGUCGCUUCGGCACAAACCACCGUAUCUGCAAAUGGUAAACGGACGUCAACGCGACCGCUUCCUCGGACUCAAGAGGAAUUACAGCUAGCUGCGGGCAUUCUCGGAACUGUGCGGAAAAGCAUCAAGGGCUCGACGACGAUGCCAUGCGACUUGCUCUUGGUUACCAGUUGGGAAGAAAGCUCCAUCGAGCAAACGAUAGAAGAUGAAACAUGCAUAGAAGAUUGGAUUCAAGGUGCCGGCGUCUCUCCAACCUCAAUAUCGCAGGGCUUUGCAACGUCCAAGGGCCCGCUCAAGCCCACCAUGCAAGACUACUUUGUCGCCGUGUCAGAUUCCCUGGGGGCGCUCUGGGCUCUCAGCCCCGCCACCUGGCGCACCUCCUCCGCCUCCUCCACCUCCUCCGUUCACUCACACCCACAUCGUCAGCACCAUCAUCAUCCUCACCUCCCCCACCACGCCAGCUCCGCGCCCUUCUGCCUUACGGCGGUGUUUGACGGCCACGGCGCGGGCGACCAUGCGGCUCGCAGCGCGCAGGAGGGCGUGUUGGCGGCGGUGGCGGGUGAUGGGGAGCUGCUGGACUACCUGGCUGACAGCCUGCAGCAGCCCGGUGUGAGUCCCGGCCCGCUGGCUGCUGUCACCGCCGCCCUGCGCCGCACCUUCCGUGACAUGGACGAGAGGAUUUGCGCGGAGGCGGAGGCGCGGAAGCUGCCGCACGACGGCACCACUGCGCUGCUCAGCCUCCAAGUGGGCCCCAAGCUCUUCACAGCCAACGCGGGCGACUGCCGCGCGCUGCUGUGCCGCGACGGCGCCGCGACGCGACUCAGUCGCGACCACAGCCCCGACCUGCCGACCGAGCGGCGGCGCAUUGAGGCGGCGAGCGGGCGAGUGGCGUGCGUGCGGGGCACGUGGCGGGUGGUGCUGCCGGUGGGGGACGGGAGCAGCGCCAAGGUGUGCGCGGUGUCAAGGGGUUUCGGUGACCGGGACUUCAAGUCCCCCGCGCGCCUCAUCUCCCCCGACCCGGAGGUGUCAGCCGUGCAGCUGGCGCCCCGCCGGGACACCUUCCUGCUGCACGCCAGCGACGGGCUGUGGUGCUGCGUGGGCGACCAGGAGGCGGUGGAGCGGGUGCAGCGGGUGGUGGACAAGUUCUCCGUCAUGACCUCGCUCGCCACCCGCAAGCAGCACGCGGCUGCCGCCAAGGCCGCCGCGCAGGAGCUGGUGCAGCUGGCUCGCGACCGGGGCAGCUUGGACGACAUCACAGUCAUUGUCACGCUGUUCGACUGGGAGUGAGCUGGGAGGGGAGG